AUGCUGCUGCUGCUGUUGACCGUCUUUAUGCCCCUCUACGGGUGCUUUCUGUGGCUGCUGCACCAGCGCAUGCUUUCUGUGCUGCUGAUGCGUGUUUGGUUCUCAUUACAUCUCGCCAUUGCCGUCAUUGCGACUCAUAUUGCCUGCCGCAUCAUCUCCUUUUUCGCGUACACGCUACACAUCAUUCCCGCCUCCACCGCUCAGGCCCUCUCGCGCUUCUGCAAGCACGUUGCCUUCAAGGUGUAUUUUUCGGCAAACGUGCCACACGUGCACACCGUACAGAUGCCCGGAUCGCUGCCCUACAGCGUCAUGCAGCGAGGCGCCAUCUGCUCGUGUCACUGCAGCUUCUUUGACCCCUUCUUUUCCAUGUCUGUCAUUCCGUACUCGGUCUUGUGGAACGGCCGCACCUUCUUGAAGAACUCGCUUCUGAACCUUCCGCUGUUCGGGUACGCGCUGCGGUGCGCUGCGCACUUCCCGGUGUACUUCUCGGAUGAGAACAGCGCCUCCUUUUCGGUCGACAAGGACAAGCAGGCUGCCGUCGCCGCUGACGUCGAGAACUGGGUGAAGCAGGGUAAGAGCCUUUGCUUCUACCCAGAGGGCAUGGUGAACCGCACACCGGAGGUGCUCAAGGACUUCCGACUCGGCAGCUUCAAAACGAUCCUGGCGCACAAGAUGCCCUUGUAUUACUGCGUCACCUACGGCAACCACGAGGUAUGGCCGCCGUCCUUGAAGGGCUUGCCGGGUUACCCGGCGGAUGUGUACGUGUACAUCGGCAAGUACCAGUACUGCGCGGACAAGGUGGACGCGCUGGCACUCGCGACGGGGCUGCGCGAGGAGAUGCAGAAGCACCUGGACGAGAUGGUGUUGAAGGGCAAGAGGCUUGAAUGCAAGCCGCGGCACGUUGCUCGGCAUGCAGGCCACGGAGGGGAGAGAGGGAGGCGGGUGAUCAUUGAGUGA